CCAGCGCUAUGAGGGAGCAUAACUCUUCUGUUUUGGUGUAUUUGAAACAUGAGCCGAAGCUUCGGCUGCAAACAGAUCGUUCGUAGUUCGGUGCGCACUGCGCAGCAAAAAGCUCAGGUGAAACGCAGCUCCGGUGUGAGUCGUUUAUUCCGCUCCUGGAACCUACGGGACACACACGUUAACGUCACAGGGAGACUGCAGCUCUACCGUUGGCUGGAGGAUGUGUUCAGAGUGCCUCUGUGCGGUGUUCAGAGACCAGAAAAUACGUCGUUUUUACGGUGCUCUGAAAACUUCACGAAGACGACGUUCUGAAGGGAUUUUCAACUGGUUUUUCGGCGUUGGAAGUUUAAAAACGGAGAUUUGAACGCCGUUUUACAACAAAACCUGCUCAAAAGUGAACGGAUUUCGAUCCAAUCGGAUUGCCAUACACGAAUGCACGAGCACCUGCAGCUGUUUGUUCAUAAACCAAACAAACUCGCGGUGCUGAGGCGGAGAAACGGAUUAGCUUAGCAGGAAGUCAACUCCGCACGAACAUGCUUGUGAGCGGAAACGGCCCGGUAGCAUGUGUGAGCAACCAAAGAUCCAUGUCUUCCUGGGGGCUCCAGCUCCCCCUUGUUCCCCAGUGUCUGAGCCUUUAGCAGAGGUGGGGAGAGAGAAACGUCCCCCUGCCGUCUGGAAACACCUGGAGCUGACUUGGAGACAGGGUCGACUCAGACCUGCGACAAAUGAGCCUGGAGAUGGAGUGACACAACUCAUAGGAAAUGGUGAGGAAGAGGGAGGUCUCAGGUCACAGCUUCAGGAGCACCAGAGAAACUGUAAGGCUGAUUGGACCAAAGGAACAGUUGGAGAACCAAUGAGAGAACUUGUCUCUAAAGGCUCUGAUCUGAGCUCAGAGGCAGAGGAUGGUCCUGGGAAAGAUCAGUGUUCCACUUGGGUUCAUGAGUAUCUGGAAGGCUGCUUCCCUGCUAUUCAGCCAGAACCUGACCUUGCGGUUCUUGCACUCUCCACACAGACUCAUUACCUGAGCACAUGGACUCUGAGUCAGGCAUUAAUCCUGAGAGGCAGACACAAUCUCCAGUCACCCAGUCAUCCACACACCCAGACCUCUCCAUCUGUCUCCUCCAGUACCCCAGAACUCUUCAGUCCUGAAGCUCCAUCAACCAGCCAUGCCUGUCCCACCCUGCAGGCUGAGGAGGGAGGUGUGGUCCUUCAGGCAACCACAGAAGGUGUCCUAUGCUCCCAGGAGUCUACCAACACUCACAAGUCCCCCACCACCAAGAGACCUCGGAUCUCUGAGGAGCCGGUGGUCCCUGCAGGCAGCAGAGCCAACAGGCUGCAGAGUCCAGUCACACCUCUGCUCGGGUGUGUAACAGUGGGACGAACUUACUCUGUCUUGGUGGUGGUGGUUUACCCGUGUCAUCUGAAGGAGAUUAAGGUGAAGUCAGGACCAUCAGCAGGAACAUUUGUUCCUCUGGCGUCCAUCGUUGUGAUGGAUCAUUCAGGAACUGAGAUGAAGGUGGUGCUGUGGCGGCAGGCAGCGUUCUGGGUACUGACUGUGAAUGCUGGAGAUGUCCUCCUCAUCACAGGACUGCAGGUGAGUGAAGACAGGUGGAGAGGAGAAACAGUGCUGCAGUCCACUUUCAGGAGCAAACUCCUCAACUUAGGACAUGCCUCCACUUUACUUUCAGGUCCCCAUGAUGUUGAUGCUCACUUGCUCAGCUCCUUGUGUAGUUUCGUUCGAAAGCAACGCCCCCUGCUGGUCUCUCUACCAUGCCGACCUGUACAGAAACUGGACCGCCUUCCUUACGUGACGCUGAGGAUGCUUCGGGUCAACACUCUGGUUCACGCCCUGCUGCAGGUCACACACUCGUACGUCAGCUCAGAUUGGAGGAAUGAAGCAGAGUCUCGGAGCAGGUCUGCGGUUCAGAUAAAGGCAGUAGUGAGUGUGGAGCAGCCCGACGGCCAGCAGGGGGUGCUGAUCCUGUGGGGAUCUGCUGUGGACUGGCUGGGAUGCUUCCACAGAAACAAAAAUACUGUGUGGGACUUUCAUAUCCUCUUGGUGAGGGAGGGGUUGACCUCUGACCUCCUUGAACUUCACUCCACUCCCUGGAGUUCUGUCAAAGCAUUGGACCUGACUGACCGUCGAGUGCAAGAGUUCCAGCGAGCUCAGAGCAGCUGGACAGGAAGCAGAGGGCCUGUGGAGCUGGACCUUGACACGCUGCUGUCUCAGAAGUACAGCGGUGAGGUGGAGCUGAGAGUCCAGAUCUGGACUUUUAAGUUCCAGGAUGUUCUACCCUCUCAGAACCCCGUUCAGCCAGUCCUGGACAGCUCCACGCCAUUGGACGCCAUAGUGGCAGUGUUGAGUGGUGACAUCACCUACACUGGCUGUGCCCGUUGUUAUUCUGAGCUCGACACGGACACCAAUGGGAUCUACGUUCCAUGUUAUCCCUGCCUCCCACAUACUGCUGUGUGCCGCUUCUACAGGCCAGGUGUGCUGAUGAUCAGUGGGAGGGACUGCAGUAAGAUAUCUGUCCAGGUUCCUCCAGUUCCCCUGCAGAAGAUCCUGAAGGCUCCACCUGACAGACUUCAGAGGAGCUCAGCUCUAGGCCCACUGGUGAAACACAUCCAGGUAGCAGCAGAAAGGAUCCACCAUCUCCUCUCGAAUCCCAAGAAAACCUUCUGCAUCACCCUACAAAGCCACUUCCUGUGUGAUGAGAACAGCAUUCCCAUCAGUCAGGACUUCACACUGCUUGAUUUUCAGUUCCCCAGCUGCGUAAGCUCCUUAUAGCAUGCCCGGAUGGGACUAGGGUCCUGUGGGACCCAACACUAAUUUAGCAGGAGUGGGUCUGGGUCUCAAAUAAUCCUGCUAGAGGAGAGUGAACCUGAGGUCGCCAACAACACGAUGGCUGGAGAAGUAAAGAUGAAUGUGUAACGUCCAGGAAUGGUCAGUUUUCACCUACAGAUUGACCUACAUGCCACCGGUCAUCUACAGACCAAAUUCCACCCUCUAAGGUGGAUUUUACAUUCUACCUUCCAACAAGCCACAAGGUUCUGCAAACCUUGACAUUUCAGGAGGAACAAGAUGUCAGCCUGUGUUCCCAAACAAAGCCUUCUUUUGAUAAGACCGCAGGAUUGCUCACUCUCAUGAAAAAGGAACUUUUACAACUCAUAAGUUAAAUAAUUAUUAAAUAAUAUGGUUGAAUGAACAAAUGUUACAUGAAUACUAAUGAAAUGUUUAGAUUAAUCUGUGCUUAAAUUACUGUGGUUGAAAUGAAUAUUAUGAUGUUGUGAUCAGUAAUGUUUGGAUUUAACAAGUGAAUCAUUAUCUCACUCAUAUACAAUGUUCAUGAGAUGUAAGUUAAAGUAACGUCACCGCACAUAGAUUUUUUUCUUACCCACGAAUCAGAGCACCCUGUAUCUGAAAGAAGGCGUGAUGUUCUGAGGUUUGUUGUUAACACCUCCUAACAUGGCACGUCCCGAUUGGCCAAGUAAAUCAUACUAUGAGAAUAUUAAAACAGGAUCACUAGGGAGUGAUUCACCAUUCUGUUAGUUGAGCUAACUCUGACUGGCCAUCGGAGGGAAACUGCUCACACCGCAUCUCUUGUCAAGCUAAAAGCUGCCUACAGCUGACACAGCAAAACGGUUCCGACUCCCUAAGAGUCCUUCUAGACGCAAACGGUUACAUCUCUGUUGUGACUCGGGUUACAUCUCUGGAUUGGAGCAUUGGUGCUGCGGUUAAACUAGUGAACCUCGGUGCCCAGAGGUCAUCUGACCUCCCUGACCUCCGGAUCCGCGAAGAGGGUCUCCAAAAAAAGGGUGAGGUAGACACAGCAUGAAUUGCGUCUGAUGUGGUUUUGAUAAGAAUCAACCUUCUAGUUACUGCAGACCAAAUUCUUUUCACACCCAGAACUCACUUUCUUCUAGAUACGAGGGUUCUGAUAACAUCACAUUCACGCGUAAUCACACCUCACAUUCCAUCCACUUAGAUCCAGUCAUCACAUAAAGUGUUCCUAGUUGUCAUGUUUUUAAUUGUUUAGAAAAUAAAUUUCUUACCUUUUAUUAACCUGA